AUGAGCAAACCUUCGACGACGUACGGAGCCGUGAACGACGAUGCUUCGGCGUCACCGGGCGCUGAUUUGGAGCUCGGGAGAUCGUAUUCUCGCUCGGGAUCGGAUGCGGCGAUGAUGGGAGAGAUGGACGAGGAUGCGUUGAUGAGGCAGCGCUCGAGAAAGGAAGCGCUGGAGGAGGCGCUCCUGAGAGAGGAAGAAGCGCGCGAGCCGGAGAAAAUCAUCGAUAUACUCAAGCGAUACAUGGCUAAGGCGUCCGAGGUGGUGUAUCAACAGCUCUGGAUCCUGUUCUUGGUGUACAUCUUCGUGGCCAUUCUUGGAUUACAGGCGUUUGAUUCUUCGAGCGGCGCCGAGUUCAGCUUUGUGGACGCGUUCUACUUCAUGGCGAUCACGGUGACGACGGUUGGAUACGGUGAUAUCACGCCCACGACGGACAAAGGCAAGGUUUUCAUGAUUUUCGUCAUCAUCAGCGGAAUAUCGCUCGCGACGGUGGUGAUUUCGAAAAUCACAGAUUUGAUAAUCUCGGCAAAGGAAGCGAGCGAACUCGCCGCGCAAGCACGCCUCGAGCAAUCGAUGGAAAAGGAUUUGAUGAUGCUGCGCCAAAAACUUGGAAACAUUCUAAGUGCAGAAGAUCUCUCGCGUUUCUCUGAGGAUGCGAAGUCUGGGCAUGAUGAGUCCGCUGCGCCGCAUCCCGUCGUUCGCGUCGUGUAUCACCCAGUCAGCGUGAUUAUCAUCGUUUUACUCAUCGGCGCCGCGACAUUUUGUGCGGUCGAGCCUGAAAUCUCCUACCUAGACGGUGUCUGGUGGGCGGUCGUGACGUCAACGACGGUGGGCUACGGUGAUAUUCUGCCAACGACCGACAAGGCGAAGAUUUUUGCCUCGUUCUACGCGUUAUUCGUCGUCGGCGUGAUGGGUUGGGCCGUGAGCCAGAUCGCGAGUUCGAGCAUUUCUGCGUCGGCAAAGCACCAAGAAGAGCUUCGUUCGUUCUCUUUAAGCGCGAAAUGGCUCGCGGAGCAAGGCGGUGAUAAGGGAUACGUGGACAGGUACGAUUUUCUUCGCGCCAUGAUUGUCGCCCGAGGCGUGCUCAGCGCCGAGGAUGUGGAUAAAAUCGACGGAAGAUUUCGCCAGCUCGACGUCACGGGCGACGGUUCGCUGGACGUGGAUGAUUUAAUGGGAACGGGUUCGGGUAAGAAGAAGACGAAAAAGAAGUGA